UGACCUCAAGAAGACAAAAUCUUCACAAGGUAAGGAGUACCAUUGGACCAAAGGCCCAUUGGUCAAAUUCUAACUGUAACACUUCAAUAGGAGCUAAUCCACAUUCAACUUCUACAUUUUUCAUAUGUGCUUGACAGUGUGUUUACUGAUGACUAGACCAAACUCUCCUUGCACAAUAUGGCCUUGACAAUUCUGUUUUUAAACUGUAUUUAGGUCCUUUAGCUUAUGAUGUUCCAGCUUUCAAUGGGGGCUUACCGACAUUCCUUCUGAAUCCAUACUCAUGGACAAAGUUUGCAAACAUUAUAUUCGUAGACACACCUGUUGGCACUGGCUUCUCCUAUUCAACUACCUCGGAAGGAUACUAUUCCUCAGACACGAAAACAGUGAAAGAUACUUAUAGUUUUCUUAGGAAGUGGUUGUUGAAUCACCCCAACUUUGCCGAACAUAACCUUUACAUUGCUGGUGACUCCUACUCAGGCCUACUUAUUCCAAUGAUUGUUUCAGAAAUAUCAAACGCCAACGAAGAAGGACACAUGCCACACAUGUCUCUCCGGGGAUACGUGAUUGGAAAUCCAGUUACAGAUUUGCACAAUGAUGAAAAUUCAAAAAUCCCAUAUGCUCAUCGAAUGGGACUUAUAUCGGAUGAAUACUACGAGGGAGCCAAAAGUAGCUGUCAAGGUGAAUAUGUCGAUCCAGAUCCGAACAAUGCACAAUGCAUCUAUUAUCUUCGACUUAUUGAAGAGUGCAAGGGCAAAUUAAAUGAGCCUCAAAUUUUGGAACCUAAAUGUGGUUCGACAUGGGGUCAUAGAUUUUUUGAAGACAUUUCGUCGGAUGUUCUCUUCUUAUCGUCUCAACAAGAGGAAAUGUGGUGCAGGAAGUAUGGUUAUAUACUCUCUUAUAUCUGGGCAAAUGAUCCAACAGUCCAACAAGCUCUUCAUAUUCGAAAGGGAACAAAAACAGAAUGGAGGAGGUGCAAUAAGACCUUAGCUCUCGAUGAAGAUGUAACAAAUGUUGUCGAGUAUCAUCAAUUUCUUAGUAGGAAAGGAUAUCAAGCAUUAAUUUACAGUGGUGAUCAUGACAUGGUUAUUCCAUACAUUGGCACGUUAGAAUGGAUAAAUUCUCUUAAUCUUACUGUUGAUGACAAUUGGAGACCAUGGUUUGUCGAUGGUCAAGUUGCAGGUUACACAGAAAAGUACAGGCAUUAUGAGUUUGCUCUAACAUUUGCAACCAUAAUGGGAGCAGGUCAUACAGCUACACAAUACAAGACUAAGCAAUGUUUUGCCAUGGUUGAAAGGUGGUUCUCUCAGUAUCAGUUGUAA